UUUUAACCUUUCAAUUCAAAGCUUGACCCCCAAACAACUGAAUCUUCAAAGAAUAACCACAAAUUCCGGACUCUAGCAUUAAUUAUUCGUUGAAACACAUGUGUAAACUAAUCAGUUUGAGGUCGGGACAUAAAUACAAGACGUGGUGGUAUAUUCACUUAUUCAAUAUGAGUUGGUGGUGUGUUUCUGUGUUUUGGAUCCUAAUUGGAUUCCACUCAGUCCAAGGAUGUAUGGAAACCCAUGUCCGAUGUCUCAAGAGCUACCAAUGGAAGUACCGAACCCACCGAACGUUCCACCAUAUUGAAACCGCCGAGAGUUGUCAAGCUGCGUGUUCCAAGUACGGUUCUCGGGUCAACUACUUCACGUUUGACGUGUCCAUUCAUGCUUGCAUGUGCAUUGCCAAUUGCUUGAUCGAUCGAGGACCCAAGGCUGAAAAUGACGUGACCGGUACAGUCUCGGAUGCAGAUCCAAGUGACCUUUGUGAGGUGGAGGCAAGCCCAGAAUUGAGCAGCCACUUGGUAGUUGGUGUAGAAAAAUCUGGGAAAAUUGAUUUCUUGGAUCUUCCCAACAAUGGGACGGUUAAUUGUACAUUGUCAAACCCGUCAGACAGUUAUAAAACAGCGUUUAGUGUCAUUGAAGAUCAAUUGCAUGCUUGUUCUGCGGACAGAAUAAACGGUACAAGAGCGAUUGUUUGUUGGAAGUUUGAUGGUUUGAAGAAGAUUUGGGAUUUUGUUCAUCACAUGGAUAUUGGACAAUCUCCGGUAUAUGGUAUCUUCCCGACGCCCGAUGGAAGAAUGGUCUUGUUUUUUUACUUUAUAUCAGUGUUUCUGUAUGAUGGAAAAACAAUUAAAGUGGCUGCUCCACCCUUCCCCACGUCCGGGGGCAGAAGCCUUUCUUCCGUUAGUUGUGCAACUGUCAUAUCAAAUGAGGAAUUCGUUGUUGGACUUGGUGGAAAGAACGUGGGAUGGUCUUUUUCCCGAGACCGACACUUGUACAUCUUCAACCUAAAUACAGGGACAAUCACAAAGAGCCCUCAAACGCCAAAUCUUGAAGGCUCAAAGUGCGGAGCAUUUGGACCGCCGGAGAAUCGGAAAGUGUUCAUCUUAGGAGGAAACAUUGAAAAUCCAGAUCCAAACAACAACCGUAUGAUUCCUUACAACGGCACUAUCGUUUAUGACCCCAAGUCACAGGAGUUCACUUAUCCCGGCGAAGACUUGUCCAACACAGCCCAAAUUUGGGGCCAUACUGUCUCUUACAAGGAUACAUUUUUUUUCACUAAUUUAUUAUAUUCAGAAGGUAUUUGGUUAUUUGAUUACAAUAGAACGCACCCACAACUUGUUAAAAAAAUUACCAAUGACCAGCGAGAAUAUCGGUUUUUGUCAACUUUGCCUACAAAAGCCUUGAAUUGCAGUUAAUGUCUCAAGAUCUUCUUCAGUAACGUGUGUUUCUAACAUGCCUUUUGUUCUUUUGAUAUGUGUUCUAGAAAAUAUGAAGAUUGAAUACAGACCCCUAAGCAUCAAUUGGCCUAUUUUGUAUUACUUGCGUGUUUUGAGAGAACACGUGACGGAAGUGUUAACUCUGCCAGUCAUUAAACUGGUAGGCU